UCUUCAAGAGAUGAGGGCGUGGAGAAGAGAGAGAGAGAGAGAGAGAGAGAGAGCCCAAUGGCCGCCACCACCACCAUGACCACGGACUCAGAGAGUUCCCCGGCGCAACAUGCGAAACUUGGCAUAGUGGCUGCGGAGGUCGCGAUCUUCACCAUCGCCACCUACGCCGUCUCUACUGUCGUCAUCAUUUUCUGUGUCAAUAUCUGGGACCGACUUUGGGGCCGGCGCCGUGUCCUCCACACCCCACCCGCGAGCAGGCCUACCGAGGCCCUCAGAACCGGGCUGCGGCCAUCCGCCAUCUCUGCCCUGCCGACUUUCGCCUACCGGAGAGUCGGGGAUGGCAGUGGAAGCGAAAAUACCGGCACUUCGGAACAGAGAACCGUCUGUAUGAGUCUGGUGGAGGAAGGGGAGAUGGUGAGGCUGCUGCCCAACUGUAGACAUGUCUUCCAUGUCGAUUGUGUCGACGUAUGGUUUCGCUCCCACUCGACGUGUCCCCACUGUCAUUCCAGUGUCGAGGCACAAGAAAUGGUCCGGAAGGUGGAGUUUGGCGAGGCGUCGGCGCCACUGCCCCCAUCGGUGUAAAAUUUGGUGGUGGCGCCUCCUCCCUCCAUCGCGUUUUCUCUAGUUUUUUCCUCCAAAAAUAACCGGUGGGAGAGCCGCCUGUCCAAAUUUAAACUCGAAAUCUCUCUCCAUCACAAGCACUGGGGAGGGAGGUGCCAACCAGCUGACCGAAGCCUCAUUAGCAGUUUGGUGGCGGUGCCUCUUUGAUUUGGCGGAGGAAGGUAUUUUGGGAUUGAAGAUCUGGAGUGUAAAUAUCUAUUAUUUUCUUGAUUAGUUCUCUGGUUGUAUGAGGUGAUAUAUGUAUGUGAUUG